CGCUCUUUAUUCUCAAUGUUAUUAUGGCUCUACGCGUAUGCAGCACUUUUCUGCGUUCUUCCUCGACCUAUUUUUCCAUCAGUUCUUAAUGGACUCACAUCAGUGCGGUUCAGAAGUUCCUGUCCAGUUCACAUCAGUCGUUUGGACCACCUUGUGCUCACAGUUCGUGACCUAAACAAAACCACUAACUUUUACACCACAGUUUUGGGGAUGGAGGUCGUCACUUUUAAGGGUGAUCGUAAAGCUUUGAGUUUUGGAGAGCAAAAGUUGAACCUGCAUCAGGUUGGGAAAGAGUUUGAACCUAAAGCCAAAAUCCCAACACCUGGAUCCGCUGAUCUGUGCCUCAUCACCAAAACCCCCUUGGCAACUGUUGCUGCCCACCUCAAGGCAUGUGGAGUGACAAUAGAGGAGGGUCCAGUUGACAGAACCGGCGCAGUGGGUCCGAUCACCUCCCUGUAUUUUCGGGACCCUGAUGACAAUUUAAUCGAAGUCUCCAACUACCAAAAAUAGACUUAAGGGGGAGCAGUUUCAUUACUUUAAGAUGAAUGCGACUCAGUACACAAAAAGUUAUUUUGAAUGUAAAAAGAUACAGCACUUCCAACAAGCCUUAAAUAGCCCUUAACUGGUUGUAUCGGGUGUGCUGAAGUUCCUUAUUCUCAUGAUUUCCUAGUGUGCCUCCCUCAAACAAUUUCAUUCCAAGCACACUUAGACCCAAGUCUAUACAUGAUAUAAAGUAGUAAUCUUGCUGUGACGUUAAAUUAAAUUUAAAGCCGUUGAGGUCUGGAAAGUAGCUCUGUCCAUAUUUGCUUAAAAAGCACCUAAAUCCAAAGAAAAAGUCCUUAUCUUGUAAUUCCAUUGAAAUAACUGAGUAAAAGGUUCGUACAAUUUUACAACACUAAAAUGUCUGAACAUUUUUUUGCUUACUUUUUCAUUUCAUCAAGAGACACUGUAAUCUUGUGAUUUAUUCAUAUGCUGUCUUUUAAAAAUAUUUAAAAUGUUUUUACCCAUCAUA